UUAGUUUGGCAUUUGGUCCUUAUUGCAGCUGCCUUGAGUUAAGGUUCGUGUAGUGCUGUCCUUACCAAGGGCAUUCCAGCAGUCUGGUCUGUGCAGACAGUUUAAAAUGGAAGCCACUCAGACCAUCUUGGGACAGUCAGCACUGGUGGCUUACACAUGGCGACUCGGCAUCAGCAAACCAAGGGAGAUCGUUGGGUGAUUGCUUCCAUUGGGUGACCAGUAUUAAAAAACAAGCAAAGAUUCUGACCGGCUGUCACUUUCCUGGUAACAGACUGGCAGAGCCUUCACCCUGCCAGGAACAGAAAUGGUGGGAUAAUGCAGGGACAAAUUGAGAUCUAGUGCUGGGAAGGGAGAGAGUUUUCACAAGUUUGACACACAGGUGAGGCUAGUUUCUUCUCAAGAACAGAGGUCUCUUCAGUGUAAGUCUCAGCCCCCUGAAUGGUGUGAGUGGGAACUGCACUAAGCCCUCUGUGCAGAGUGAUUGCUGUGGUAGUGAGGCUAGACUGGCCCUAACGCCAAGGAUGGCGCUUGCCUCCUAUGUGAAGGCAGCAGCCCAAGCUCUGUACAGUGGAGUUCAGUAGCUGGAUGGAUCAAAAAUUCCUUCUCAAAUUCCAUUUCGCGGGGGGGAUGAAUUGUUUGUUCCUUGGAACGUUCACUGGGCAAGGAACAAGUGUUUUCAAAGGUAGGGGAGAAUGGAGCACUCGGCUGGAGUAUGUUAGCACUCCUAGGAGGUGACAGCGGGCACACGAAAAGGAUGGCCAGCCGCCCCUGGAAGCUGGCAAUCUUGUGGGGCUUGCACAGGGUGUCUCCCAGCCUCAGGUACUCAGCCCACAGUACAGAUUCAGGCACCAGCAUGUAGCUCUCCAAACUAGGGCCUGAUCCCGGUGCUAGCGUUAAUACCCACGGCUUGCAAAGACUUCUGGCUGCUUUCAUAAAGCUCACGGGGGCCCAGAACUUAGGUUUCAGGUAGAGCAAGACUCUGCGAGCAGCACAGCUUCCCUUUGCCCUGCUGGGGCAUUGGGUUGAGCGCUGACAAAGCAGAAGCACCACCAUUCCCUGCAGCAUCUGGGACUCCCCUUCCAGAAGUGGCCCAGCCCAGCUGUACUGAAAUACCAAGAUCUGACAAGAAUUAGGCUGCCAGAGUCCUAGCUUAGUGUUAAUGUCGAAUAUAAACACUUGCCCUCAGCUAGGAAUUCGUGUCUGUGGGAACAGUCUCCAAGGAGCCUGAUGUGAGGCCGGGGGCUAGAGCUCUAGGCUGGAACUUGGGAGACUGGGUUUGAGUCCUUGCUCUGUGACAGGCUUCCGGCGUGACCUGGGGCAAGUCACUUGCAGCUGGAUUUUCAAAAGCACUUUUGAAAAUGGCACUAGUCUCUGCGCCUCAGCUCCCCCUCUAUAAAAUGGCAAUAAUGGCACUUUCCCAUGGCAUAUGAGCUGUGUGAAGAUUGGGAAGAUUGUGUGUGGAGUGAUCAGAUAGGAUGGUAAAAGGAGCCAGAUAUGUACCUUAGUUAGCUAGAGAGUCCACCAUGCAGUGUUUAAUCCCAUGUCUAGGCCCAGGAAAGUUAGUUUCAAGCCUCAGUAGUGGGUUUUCCUCAACCCUUAAAAACCAGCAUGAGAGCAAGAGCCACACUGGGCUGCUAUUCCCAUCUGGCUUCACCCAGCAGGGACAGGGACCUUCUGCAGCAAAGGGCUCAUGCGUCAGCUGGAGGAGACACUCCGCAGCUAUUUGCACAGAUGAGUAAAUCAGUGAGUCAUGCAGCUAUAACAAUUUACCUUCAAACUGGGAUAGCUGAGUUACUGACCCCACCCUUCCCUCUCUUCCCCAUGCUACACUAGCUGUAUCCACGCAGCAGAUAAGGCGAGUGAUUAAGGCAGGUUUCAGUGCGGUAAAUUUGUCAUGAAGCCUUCAGGCAGCAUCAGACAGAGGAGCAGUCAGCUCCUAGCAAGUGGGAACAGGCUUAAUCAGUUUGAGUGUGAAACUUCAGUGUAUCGUGAGACACAGAUUCUAAUCGGAGUAGCUAAUUACAAAGCAGCCAAGCAAUCGCAGAAAUUGUUUUUCAAACAUCUUCAGUGUAAUCAAAAAGAAGAAUGAGCAGUAAAUGGAGAAAGGCCUGGUUUUGACAAUCGGUUGGAGGAUACGAUACAGGGCAGCUUUUAUUUGACAAAGAGAUGUCUGUGUCUCAAGUACACCCUUUCAACAGCCACAAGUCCCCUCCUGCGUUUAGAUCUGAGCUGUGUUCCCUGCCUCUCGCAUGAUGAGCCAUGCUGUUAGGAAGUGGCUUUAGAAGCUCUUAUUUUAAAGCAAAAUUUCUGUUUCACUGAUGUUUGUAGUGGGGAAUGGUGCUGCCUCUCAUGAGGCAUUUAAUGUUGAGUCGCACAAGUAUACCAUCCUGAAAUGAGGGGGCUACUUUAAACAUUACUGUCCCCCACCCUCCCACGGUCAGUCUGACUCUUGAACAUGCUUCCAGAGAGUGGUGUGCAGCCAGCUUGGACAAUAUCAUCGUGUUCUCUCUGACACUAGUCUCCCUCAAGGGAAAGUGGCAGAGGUGAUUUAAAAAUGAACUUAGCAGUCGUGGAAGUUUUCCCCCCCAGCACCUCAGACAGGAAGUGCAGGUUUGUUUAACCAUGCAGUGCUACCCUGCUUCUUUGCUCAGUAGACAGCUUUGGGCUGGACAGACACAAGUAGAAGGUGGCUUCUUUCUUACGCCUUCCUAGUUGCCCAUAAACGUAUGCCUAGGGAAACAGAGGUCAGCUCUGAUACAUAUGGUUCAAUUUUAACAGAAGUAAGAGGACUUCAAUUUGAAGUAUGAUUUGAGCAUAAUAUUAGGAGCCAGAAAUUCCUUGAUUCUAAUCUCACUCCUUUACGAAAGAAAGAAAGAAAAACAAAAAUCCCCCUUAACGUCUGUGGAUUUGGACAAGUCACUUACCCUCUCUCCUUUGAUUCCUGAGCUCUACAAUGGGGAUAAAUACUGGGGCCUUGCGGAAUUGAAGAGCCCUGUAGACCUGCCAGCAUUUUGGAACAGAAGCCGCAUUUUCGGAACUCUGCCCCAUAACGCUGGAGCUGCUUGGCCACCUUUGGUUUAGUAGCUUGUUCACUGCCUCUUGCCACUUCUGCCACUGAUCUGCCACCAGGUUCCCCUGCGAGGCACCGCUGAGGACAUUAGUGGGAUGAAGAGCUGCAUCUGAAAUCUCCCAGCAUUUAGGUCAAGCUUAAAAUGAUAAAAUGUUUGAGAGAUUCUGGAAGGUGAGUUUAGGGCUGUUGGAAGCUGCAGGAUCUGCCAUCCCAGGGCUUGAUGGCCUCUAUCCAGCCAGAGAGCAGGGACAGCAGUGGGGCAAGAUUCCCCCCCACACCUUGGUAGGGAGCCUAACUCUGAUCAGGAGGGGCCUCCUCUAGCUCACCCUCCAUGGCCUAGCAAGUCAUUGGUUGCCAAAAAGGGGGUCAGUUAUGACAGCAGAAAGAGUCAGCCAUGCAAACUGGAACCAAACAGCAAGACCUCUGCGCCGGGUACCAGCCUCCUGCCCAGCAGGUCUCAGGGAGGGGGCCUUGCAUUAAGGUGGAUUUCUCUGACAUUGGCUGGUGCAUAAUCCGUUUAGCUCCAAGGUGAAUCACUGCAGUUUUCCUUUUAAGGAGAGCGCCGUCUGGGAGGAAGUGGGGGGAGGGGUUCAUUGAGACCUUCUCUGCCACGCCUAGUCGUUGCUCCAGGCUGAGACGCCAAGCCAAAAGCCGAUCCCGUCAGCAGAGCUGAACAGAGACUCGGAAGGCUCCCAGGGUGACUGCUGCUACUUUUCAAACCAGCCUCCUUGCAAAGUGGUCUCCUUUCCACCAGCGCUCCCAGCCAUGGCGAGAAACCACCAGGUGCAGAAAGCCAAGCUGGCCGAGCAGGCCGAGCGUUACGAGGACAUGGCUGAUUUCAUGAAGGCAGUGGUGGAGCAUGGGGAUGAGCUCUCCAAUGAGGAGCGCAACCUCCUCUCUGUCGCCUAUAAGAACGUGGUGGGAUGCCAGAGAUCCGCCUGGAGGGUCAUCUCCAGCAUCGAGCACAAGACUGAAGAGGGUGAUGACAAAGCGCAGCUGGUGAACGAAUACCGGGAGAAGGUGGAGGGGGAGCUGAAAGAUGUCUGCAACAUUGUCCUGGGGCUGCUGGACAAGUAUCUCAUUAAGAAAGCCAGCGAUGCAGAGAGCAAAGUCUUCUACCUGAAGAUGAAGGGAGACUACUUCCGAUACCUGGCCGAGGUAGCCACCGGUGAUGAGCGCAAAGACACCAUAGAAAAUGCUCAGAAAGCUUACCAGGAAGCAAUGGACAUCAGCAAGAAGGAGAUGCAGCCCACGAACCCCAUCCGCCUGGGGCUUGCCCUCAAUUUCUCCGUCUUCCAUUACGAGAUCGCCAACGCCCCAGAGCAGGCCAUCACGCUGGCCAAAACCACGUUCGAUGAAGCUAUGGGAGACCUCCACACGCUCAGUGAAGACUCGUACAAGGAUAGCACCCUCAUCAUGCAGCUGCUCAGGGACAACCUUACGUUAUGGACGGCAGAGUGUGCGGGAGAAGACGGUGGAGAAGCCGGAGAAGAGCCUAAGAACUGAACUGCAGCCCACCAAGCAAUGGUCACUCUCCCUGUCCCUCCUCCUUGUUUGUAAGACACGUCUCGGCUCCCAGAAGCUCUGCCUGGAUUCCAACAGCAAAGGGGACUGACUGGUCUGUGCGUAUGGUAUUCACAUGUUUUAUCUUGCCUUUUCUCAUGGCAGCUUUGGGACAAUUCCCCCUUCCCUGACCCUCCCCCCCUCUCCUUCCACAUUUCUUGUGAUCUUCCUGCUGGGGCAGUUACUGCUGUGGAAGAGCACUAAUAGCUUCACACAAACCUGGGUGUCCCACACAUUGUCAGUAACACCAGGGGUUCCUCAUCCCCCCAGCAUUGGGGCCUAGGGGUGCCUCCUGGCACUUAACAUUUAAAAAGGGGGAAGCUGAGUUUGGUUUUCAGGGUAAAGAUGCCAACACCUAGUCGAUCGCAGCUAGAGAGUGCGCUUUCCUUUGCUUUCUGUAGUGACUUAUUCUGCAGGGUUCCUCUCCAGCCUACUGGGUAUUCCUUGCAGUCAGUAGGAAGCUGGAGGUGUUGGGCCAUGGGGGUUCUUUGUAGUGGGUUAAGAAUGACAAACUUGAGGUGCCUCCUGUAUUUGUGUAUUGCCAAAGCCACUGCCUGCCUGUCCCUCUCCAAUAAAACUGCACUUACACUCCUGC